AUUCUGGGCAAAACCACAUUAGAAAUCACAAUCUACAGCUCAGGUUCUUAGAGCUGGGAGGAGUGAAGGCUGAAGCAGAAAAAAACAAGCAUUGAACAGCUAUGACCCAAGGAGUGGUCUCAGAAAACAAUUCUCCUGUGAAGGAGUUCAUCCUGCUGGGCUUGACACAACAGCCAGAGAUCCAGCUGCCCCUCUUCUUCCUCUUCUUGGGAAUCUAUGUGGUCUCUGUGGUGGGGAACCUGGGCUUGAUUGUUCUGAUUGUGUUGAACCCUCACCUGCACACCCCCAUGUACUACUUUCUCUUCAACCUUUCCUUCACAGAUCUCUGCUACUCCUCUGUCAUCACCCCCAGAAUGCUGGUGAAUUUUGUGACGCAGAACAUCAUCUCUCACGCUGAGUGCAUGACUCAGCUCUUUUUCUUUGCCUUCUUUGUUAUUGAUGAAUGUUGUAUUUUGACAGCAAUGGCCUAUGACAGAUAUGCUGCCAUCUGUAAGCCCAUGCUUUAUAAAGUCAUCAUGUCCCAUCAGGUCUGCUUUGUGCUGAUGGUGGGUGGGUACACAGUAGGGUUUGUGGGUGCCAUAGCCCACACAUUGUGUAUGCUGAGACUGACUUUCUGUGAUGGUAACAUCAUCAAUCACUACAUGUGUGACAUACCCCCUCUCCUGAAGCUCUCCUGCACAAGCACCUCCAUCAAUGAGCUGGUGGUUUUCAUUGUUGUGGGUGUCAGUAUAAUAGUUCCCAGUCUCACCGUCUUUGUUUCUUAUACCUUGAUCCUCUCCAAUAUCCUCCGCAUCCAUUCUACAAAGGGCAGGUCCAAAGCCCUCAGCACCUGCAGCUCCCACAUGAUUGCGGUUUCUCUGUUUUUUGGGUCAUCAUCAUUCAUCUACUUUAAGUCUUCUCCUGUUGGGUCCGUGGAUCAUGAUAAGAUAUCCACAGUGUUUUACACUGUGGUGGUUCCCAUGAUGAAUCCCUUCAUCUACAGCUUGAGGAAUAAAGAUGUUCAAAUUGCACUGAGGAAGACUUUGAAGAAAAACUGUUCACUUAAGUAG